CAAGGGGUACCAACCAAAAACACACCACUUUCAACGUGGGUGUCAACCAUGAUGCAUGUUAUAUAAUUCGUUCGGCAGGAACGUUGGGGGAAACUUGCCAUAAAAGGAGUGCGUGGGUGAUGAGGUAGUAAAUAGCUGUGUAUAUCAUAGCAGAUUCAGGCAAGCACGGCAGAUUUGCUUUGACUUACGGACGGUAAAGACCUUAAACGUCUGGUAUUUAUCUGGUAAAUUAGAAUGGCCAUUAGAAAUAUAUUGGUUAGCAUUUGUCUUUUCUUAUUGUUGCAUGAGUCUCUUUACCAGUAUGCGAAGGCUGAUGUCUACUUUCAUAAUCCCAGAGGAUCAAACAACAGGCUGAAUGGAGACAAAGCAAAUCGUAAGAAUGCAAAUAGAGUUUUCGACUCACAGGUAAGUCGUCAGUUGAGUAAGGAGUUGUUACGUACAUUGGGCAAGGCAGGAAUUUAGUGCUGCUGAGAUAUUCCACAGGAAAACCACAGUUCACAUCCAAUUAAUAUUGUAGAAUAAAUGCAAUGGCGUUCUUGUAUAAAAGAGAUAUUCAGGUGGUAUAUUUUCUGAUAUCAUUCUCUGCUGGAAAUACGUUUUAAGAAGAAAAAGGUUUCCUAUAACGUUAGUUGUAAUCUCAGGAGUAUAACGACUUUGUGUUGAAAUUAUCAAAACCAAGGACUAAAGGACCGGUCACAUUACACAACGAUAACACGCGAUAUUUGGGAAACACUACAACGAAAAUGAUAAAAUUAUCGUUUGACGAUAACGAUAACGAUUUUAAAAUCGCUCAACGGAGCGAUUUUUUUUUCAGUCGGACGAUCAACAACGAUAAAUGUUUUAGCAAUCAGCGCGCGUAUAUACAAGUUAUCGUAUCGUUUUUGUUGUGUAGUGUGACCGGACCUUAAUUCAAUGAAAAGAUCAUUCAGUUAUUCGGCUGCUAGACUGCAAGCAGUCCCUACUUAGAAGGAAAGGAGGGUUUGCAGAAAACAAAGCAAGAAACGAAAUACGCGUUUGUCCACACAACGCAAAAUUCCGAUCCCGCGGGUUGAUAUAGUGGAUUGAUGGAUUUUUUGAAGAAGUUAAUUUAAUUAAUUCAAAUUUGAAGGUCAACCGUCAAAUUAUGUCAUAUUAAUUAAUUUUCGCAGCAUUUUUAUUCAUGCCGUCUGAAAGCGUUUUUAAUAGAUUAAUAAUAUACAUGAAAACAUUUCUCAAUUCUGAUUGGCGAAGAGCAGUGCAAUUUUUUCGAAAUACAGUGCCAAGAACAAAAUACUGUGCCAAUUUUAUUCACUAUAAGAUACAUUUCUAGCAGAAAAUAAUACAAAGAACUCAAACAUAUACAUAUACAUAUACAAGUGAUAAAAAUGGCUGGCGCUUUUAGUAGAUUUUCUAUCAAAAUUAUCGAUAUUAGAAUUAAAUGAGGUUAUGCAAUAACCAAGGUUAGCAACUUGGUAAUCAGGUAUCCUGACGUCAGCACGUCACAUGACCGGGGGGGGGAUGGAGUAAUGGGAGUAGGUGAGAUCUACUAUUCCAAGUCUGACGUCCAAACGACAACAACGUGCGUUUUGAAUUUUUUUUGCACGCUUAGUUCAACAAUUUAUUUCCACCAAUUUUAAUUGGUGUGAAGGUGUUAGUUCGGUGGAGGGUGGCAGCUCAAGAUGCCAUUGUCAUGGAUUCUAAUCUGAGUCCAAGUAACAGUAGUCAGUCCAAGUCACCCCCCUCGCUCAGCUGAGCUAACACCUAACCAACCAAACGGGUAAGUAUGGUGGACAAGGUGCUAAUGUAUAUUAUUAUAAGUAAUAGCAUAUCUCGUGCAAAUUGGAAAAACAUACACUCAAAGACUUGUCCUACACUCGUCCUUCGGAAUCAUGAUUGUCUUUGAAAAACUCACUCGUGCAUGUUUUUCCCCAGUUGCACUCGAAACAGUACUAUUACCUAUGCAAAUAAAAAAAACCCCUUUACAAGAGAUUUAACACCCAUACAGUCCACGAAGUUCGGUUGCUGCAAUCUGGCGGUGCAUGAAUAAUCUUAUUCAUUACGUAAUAUUAUACAUCAACUCGGUUGAUAGAGCUAUAGUAUUUGGCAAAUAAUCAAAUUUCUUCAUAUAUGGUGUUUUAAAAAUAUAUAAUAUAUAAUCCCAUGUUGAAUUGUAACGAAUCCUAUACUGCGUCUUUGUCAGCUUUGAUCACAACUUGCCUCUGUACAUGCACGAGAGAUAAAGAAAUCUGUCAAUUUAAUGUAACUAGGCUUUCAUCAUUUUGACCAAAAUAAAGGUGCCCUUUCGAUUCAUUAAAUAACUAUAUAUUUCAAAUAUAUAGAAUAAUGCCAAAGGUGGAUACAAUGUGGCCGAGAAAAACCAGAAAGAGGAAAAAAACCCUGAAGAAAGCGACUGGUUUAAUAUGGUAUGUUGAGUGCUGGUCGUCAGUGUAGUGAAGAAAGCAAUUCAUGUUGCAACUAUAUUACUUUUACUGUGCUGAGUAGUUAUAUUACUACCUGAAAUAAACAAGCAGAAACUCAACGUUUCGAGAGAAGGCCCUACGUCAGGAGUUAACUACUAACUCCUGACAAAGGGCAUUCGCUCGAAACGUCGAGUUUCUGCUUGUUUAUUUCAGGUAGUAAUAUAACCACUCAGCACAGCAAUUUCACAUUGGCACUAUACCCACAUUAUACUCACGUAAAAAUCUCACAACUUGGCAAAAAGUUGUGUUCGCAACUUGGCAAAAAGUUGUGUUCGCAACAGGUUUGUAACAAGCUUGCCAACAAGUUGUAACCAUGCUGUUACUUUAUAAAGUUGCUACAAGGUUAUCACUCGCAACUUGUUGAGAAAUUGUUGAAUUACAGGAUGAUAAAAAGAAAAAGUUAUUGGAACAACUUGUAAAAAUCUGUUGAGCUCAACAACCUUGUAGCAAGUUGUCAACGAGCUGGGAAUAAGCAGCAGUACAAACACAUCCUGUUGACAAGUUGUUGAAACGGCAUUGUUACAGUACAUUUCUGCUGCAGUUUGUCAAAACUUGUGCGUUUUUAUGCACUGGUGAUCCAUACGGAGGUAGAGAAAUAAACGAAAAGUGAUGGUUUGUAGAAAGCAAACAUCAUUUCUAUACUGCAUGUAGUUUUUCUCGUUAGCUUCAUCUACCAGCAUAACAUUAAAUAUGCAUUAACUUUAUGCCGUCAAUCAACUCCAUAAUAUUAUUCAAAUUAAGUUUAUCGCACAAGGCCACCUGUUUGUAUACUUUGUUAAAGCCCGCGCACACUGGAGAUAUCAGCUGAGCUGUGCGUCACUCGUGACUGUUGGCAUAAACAAGUUCCCCCAGUGUGCGGUGGCGUUUUGAGCGAUUUCAGCCAAGCGUGCCAUCGGCACCGAAUAUUCAACAUGUUGAAUAAUUUCAGUCACGAAUGAACAUUUCCCCCAAGUGUGUCUGAAAUCGCUCAAAACGCCACCGGACACUGGGGGAACUUGUUUAUGCCAACAGUCACGAGUGACGCUCAGCUCAGCUGAUAUCUCCAGUGUGCGCCGGGCUUAAUAAAGCAUUUUAUUAUUCUGCAGAAAUACUACAUGAGUGGAUCAGGCGAUAGUGAAACAAUCCUACCUCUUGAGUGGACGAAUCAACAUGGUUGUGGACAUGAAGAUCUUAACUGUAACAUCGUUCUGCAAUACAAAUGUCAGCCAACCAACAUCGACGCCUCAGAGGGGUAUAGAAUUAUGAGGAAUGGUAUGUGCACUGUUAUAAAUUAAUUACUCGGCAGGGGAAUAUUAGAUCUUCUUUAUAUGCGGGGGUGGAUGGAAAGGAAAAGAGGGCCUGACAAAAAUCCCCGUCUGUCAGCAUUAAAAGUCAAAAUCCGGGAUUCCUUUAAUUAGACUGCGUGAUUUCGGGAGCAAGACGUUGCAUGGGGCGGACGUGCAUUUCUAAUAAAUAAAUAAAUAAAUAAAUAAAGAUUUGUUUUUAAAAAUAAAAGGGAUUCUGAAGGUAGUUCGCCUAAAUACAGUUCAUUGAUGAACGAAUAGCCUACUUAAUAGGUCUUUUUAUAGCCAAUUUUCAAAACUUGGGAAAGUGCUUACCUAAAUUUAAAUUUAUUAUUAUUAUUAUUAUUAUUAUUAUUAUUAUUAUUAUUAUUAUUAUUAUUAUUAUUAUUAUUAUUUGGUGUUUAAUUACACAUUUUCGCAUAAACAAUGAAUUACAAUGUGUUUACAUUCAAAGUCAAAUUUAGUUUAUAGUUAUUUACAUGGUCAUAAAAUUUAAGGUAAAAUAGGUUACGAAUAUUAUUAAUAUAUAAGUUAAGAUCGAAUAGUAAGUUAAGAAUAUUGUUAAAAUUUAAUCAUUUAAUCUAAGGUAGGUUACUUUCUCUAUUUCAUGGCAUUCAGUUCAACAAUUGCUCUUGGAAAGAAACUGUUUCUAAAGCGUUCAGUUCUGCAUUUAUACAAUGACAGAUUAUUUAAGUUUCUAAUAUAAUAUUGUUGAGCACAAGCUCUGGAUUGUGUCACGUGUUCAACAAGGGGAUAUCUUGUAAACGCUUAUAUCUUGGUAAAUAUUUAAUUAAAUCGUUUGCAUGACCUAGCAAGAUUAAAGUUAGCAUUUUAUGAAUAAAGCUACAUUUAUAUGUGCGACGUAGCUCUUAUAGUUUUUUCGCUAUAGUAGAACGAACGCCUGAACUUUUUUUGCGCCACCCGCACGCUCACUGCUUGCAUUUUGAGCACUGUGGCGUGGUUUGAUGUCCAACAUUCGUGAGGCAUCAAAGGUGACUUUUAAGUACUGGUUACUUUCAUCCUGCCAAACGGCGAAACGUUUGGAUAUUUACAAAUAUAUAGUUCAUUUUAUCUCGGAAGAAAUCCUUACCACAAGUAUAUAUAUGUAUAUAUAUCCCACAAGUGCAUGAUAUAGGCACUUUAAAUACUGAAGAAAAAUAUUCUUCCACUUUGCACGAAUAUUAAUACAACUUCAUUAUGGUUUAAGACAGAACUAUAUACUACUGUAGUAUUUUUUAAUAGAAUCCAGAAUCUAAAACUCUUCAAGCUCAAUUAUAUUGCCAUUAUUUGACGGAAAAUUGGUGAGGAAAGAUUAUUGCAGUUCAAUCUGUUAAAGGGAGUUUUAUUUCACAUUAUGAUCUGAAACACGAUUAGAUCCUCUAAAAUGUGGAAAAUUCACAAUGUUCCUCAGUCUUGUUACUCAGGCAAAUGUUCCUCAGGAUCCUGGGACUUUUUUCCAGAUCUGGAAGUAGAAAAUGUUGUCGAGUAAAUAUUUCAUAAUUUCUAUUUAUCAUAGUACCGAGUGAACAAUAGCACAACAUAACAUAACACUUGCAGAACUAGUAUUGUUCGAUGCUGAAUUAAUAUAAACGAGUAUACCGACAUUCAAUAUAUAGCUCAUAAUUUCCAGUUUUAAAUCCGUCUGACCGUGUAGCUCAGUUGAAACAAAGAAUGAGUUUGAGAAAUUUGCUUCUGUGUAACCGUGCAGCUGAAAUCACUUGUUAUUAUUUUUGUUAUAUCUUGUAUUUCUUGUAAAUAGUUAAUUUCUUGUAAAUAGGUCAUUUCACGCCCCUCAUGGACACCAGCCUUCCAACGGCUGUUGAGGCUAGCGUGGUUUAAAUAAAGUUUUGUAUGUAUAUGUAUGUAGAGCGUCGAUCUAGUAAUUCUAGUUAUUCGAAGGUCGCAGGUUCAAAACCCAGCCGCGGCAGGUAACUUUCUGCUUGCGCGGUCUAGAAAUUAUGAAAUGCAUAUAUAAUAUUAAAUUUAUGAUACAAACACGAUUUAAUUAUUAUAAAUUAUAUCAUUCAGCGAAGAUUUUCUUUAAUUAAAAAUAAUGUAAUGUUUUGCAUUUUCACUUGUUUACACUUAUUUCAGUAGCCUGGUAUAUUGGACGGUUAAAUUCCGCCAGCUAAUACAGCCAAUGAAAUUGCAGGAAAUUAAGGCUAGGAUUCCGCCCAUCCGAGUUGACAAAUAAAAAUAAGUUAGCUUAUCUUAUAAAUUAUCCUGGGUGAUUUGUUCUCGAGGCCAUCCUGUGUAAAUACGUACGGAAGUAAAGCGAGCAUACCAUUGAAAUGAAUAUAACUGGAACGCGUGUCUGGGAGUCAAAACACACGCGUCAGUUUACGGACUGAAAUAGUAUAUGCAUUCAAAUGGCAAGAUUUAUAUUUAUACCUCAUAAUAUUUAAUAACUAAUUUUUAUUUUGUAAAUUAAUCUUUUCUAUAUGUUUGUAUAUUUCAAAUUACUUUAAAGGUAGGAUAAUCCGUAUGUAAGCAAAGCCUUUGUUUACAUUUCGGUAUUCAAAACAUUGAACUUUAUUCGACAACUGUUUAUAUUUUCAUGCUUCUACAGGAUAAUAAAUGAUCAAGAUACAACAAUCAGGCUUUGCAAAAGCAUAAAAUGAAAUAGAAACCUAAUUAAAGUGUUUAUAUAUCACGGCAGGAGACUCCAAUGUCCGCAUGCGCAGACCAGACUGUACCCUAUUUUUAACUUAUAAAUAUCGUUGUUAUGUAACCUAGCCAAAUUCCGGAUGAUGAGUAAACAUAGUCGUAAGCUAGAACUAUAUUAAAAUGUUACUUUUCAGAGUUACUGUUGUUUUGUUUGUGUCCUGUAACUGCAUGCUAACGACUUUUUCCUCACUGUGAUGUAGGUGCAACAACAACAACACCCUCUUAUCGGAAAAGAAGCUUUAAAAAAUAUAGUAAAAAAAAGACAAGGGCAGAAAGAGAUGCUCGUGAAGAUCGAGUUCUCAACGAAGCCUGGGAAUGGUACGACAAAUGUGCUAAACGCACAAGGAACAAGGGUAAGGAGUUUUAAUUCAAAUUACUAGAAAUACAUGCACGCAGAAACCUCUUGCAUAUAUUUUCUAAAUAAUGAUUUAACGUGAAGUAUUGGUAAUUGCACCGAAUGCAGGCUCGCGUUUGACAUCAAUUGCAUGUUGCAAUGGCAACAGGAUCAUUAUCAUUUAAAAUUCUUUAUACAGGGUAGCUAAUUAUCAACCUAUCUGUAUCAAUAUAAAAUAAGGAAUAUGAUGUUCUUCAAAUAUUUCAAUUAAAAAGGUUAUUGCUUUUCAUAACGGUCGCGUAAAAAAUGUAUAAAGAUUAAACAAUAACAAAACUAAAUACUAUAAUUAUAUAGCGGGCAUAUUGAUAUACAAUUACUUAACAGAAAACUAACAGAUGAUUAUAAUAAUACUAAUAAUAAAUAAAUGGUUUAGCAAUUACUGGAAACUUGAGAAAUUAUUUAGGAAUGAGUUAUUUUAUAAUAAUAUUUUUUUAUAUAUUUUUAUAUUCUCUGUACAAAAUAUAUGCAAAAAUAGUUAUGAUAAAUAGCUAAAUAAUUUUGAAAGAUUAGUACUUUUAUUAUUUUAAAUGUUACAAGAUUAAAUUUUAGAAAUAUAUACUGUAGGUAUGUUAUUUUGCAUUUUGUGCGCACUAGCUUCAAAUUAGGCCCUAAUGGUAAAUUUAAUCUGAAAACGUUCCGUAAAACAUAUUCAAACAACCAGGGCAUAUAGGAACCGGGGAGUACAGGGGUCACGUGCCGCCCCCUCCAAUUUUUUCAAAGGACCAAAAGUACCCGGUAUUGUGAUGAAAAGUGCCCUUUCUGUUUCCUGAAUACAUUCACGUAUGCCUUUUUACACAAGCUUUGUUUUUACCCUCUUUAAACAAAUUAGUUGUUCAUUCAUGCAUUCAUUCAUUCAAGCUAGUCAUGUCAGUUGUAAAAACUAAUCUGCGCAUUUACAUAAAUGCAAUGAAAUAAAUUUAUAGGAAAUUUCAAUGUUUUCAAAAACAAAUUUCGUCAAAAACGUUGAUUGUACGUUACAAUUCGAAAUUGGAGCAAAUUAUAUUAAGCUUGCAUGAAAUGAAAUGAUUGAAAAUUUUUCUUCCUCCGUCAAUAGAACCAAAUUGGGAUCACUUUAUAAUGUAAAGUAGGAACACAUCUCAAAGAUGUGAUGAAAACAUAACUCUGUACCCUUUGCAGAAAUCAAAACUAAUUUCCUUUUUAUUCAGUUCAACUGUACCACACAUUUAAUACAUUAAUAAAAACACGCCUGUAAUUAGCUGUGAGUCUACCGAGUCGGUUGACUCAGUUAGAAUUUAUGUGAAAAAGUCUAAAACCGGAAAACUUCGUGUUCGAAGAAGAGCUGUUGUUUUCUGUAAUACUAGAUUCCCCUUAUUACGUUCCCCUUAUAGCGUAGCGCUUUGUAUUGUGGUUAUAGUGGUAUCACUGAUAUUCAUGACCUGACCUGUGCAAGAACUUUUAAAAAAAGCUAUGGUCAGGUGAAUUUAUUAUGCAUCUCAUCAUGUGGGACUCUGAAUAAUUUUAAUUUUUAAGAUAGACUUUAAAGUAUUAUAAAGUCAUUCUGUCACAGUUUAUGAGAUUGAUUCUUUCUUAAAACUGCUCUCGGAAUACAGAAAACAACGUUCCUAAGCCUUAGAAAAUAGAUAAAUUUUCGAGUUCGUAAAUCGAAAAUCCUGCAUGGUUGCGGGCCUGUAAAAGUAGCUACAGUGCAGUGAAAUCUUUAAAUUAAAAAGGCUGUAUCGUUUCUAUACUAUUGAAAGGUCCAAUUUUCGUUUUAUUUGCUCCAUUAAUCAGUCUCCAAACCUGUGCAAGCAUUUUGGAUCCAAUCAAUUACAUACUUAAUGGCAAUUAAUUGUAAAAACCACAUGGUUAUUUUUCUCACAGUGCUACUUAGACAACUACAAAUACAACUGACAUCAGAUUUUCCUUCUAGGACUGUUCACAGCAGAUCAGAACUUGAAAAAUGAUGAUGCCAGGUCUACCCGACAAAAUCCGCAAGGCAACCGACAUGGUUACGAAUGUCCGGAAGAACGUGAUUACUAUCCAUACUGGCAUCCAACUGAUUGGACAGAUAUUGCUGUAUUAGCCAAUAAGGAAGAAGAUUGUUCUGACUACAAAGAAGAAAGCUUUAAUACUAAGUUUAAAGGUAAUGAAUGUAGAUACAAAUGAAUAGGAUCAAUAAAAGCAUUCUUUAAAACGCAGGAAAAGGAGAUAUGGACAAAAAUAAGACGUAAGUCUAGAUGGUUAUAUUUCAACCCUAUUACAGAAUGAUGAUCAGGACAGCUGACUUAGAACACGCUCUGGAAAUUAUAUUUUUAAAUCGGAAGAAAGAUCAACAACAGCUUUAAUAAAAUAGCUGGAGAAAAUAACAUUUAUGCCAAACAAAUGAAAUCAUGGAAGCCUGUGGACACGUUUGGGCGAUUUAAAGUAGCGACGGGAGGGCUACAUCAAAAAUUUGUUGAAAAAUACAUCAACUUGGACACUUUGUCAUCCGUAGCUUGUACAAGGCCCCUAUUAUAUAAUUGAUUUGGGUCCCUGGCGGCACCCAAAGGAGUUACGCCACUAAAUGAAUGCAAAACUCCACUUUAGAUAAAUAGCUAAACUAGCUGAUUAGAUAAACAGGACAUUUUUACAUACUAAGAAAAACAUUUCAUGUGUGAAAUUGAAGGCUAUGGGUGUGAUAGGCGAAAGCUUGUCAAAAAUAGGUUUGCGGUCACACAACGUCUCAGUUCGUCUCAACGUCUUUUCCUGACCGAGCGUCUUCUAUAUUUUUCUAUGAAAUACGAGUUUUACACAUUCUUUUCGUAUGCAAGUAUGAAGAUUCUCAAGUGAAAAUUAAUUGGAACAGUUUCACAUGAAAGUGUGUUCAGUAUUGCGUUGCUUUUGUUACAUUAUCUUAAUACAUAAGUACGUACAAGGUUUUAAAAGAAUGAUCUGAUCAACUAUAUAUAACCUAAAAUCGAGGACAGUGUUCGACCAACGAUAACAGGAAUCAGGACGCGGAAUUACCAGAAGCGAAACAGAUAAGAAUUUAUUAAUAAAAUUCACAGUACCAUUUGAAAAGACUGUUACAUUCCAGACUUCUUACUUUAUUAGAGCUUGUAAGACAUGGAACAUUUUAAGUUGUGAUCUUUGUCAUAGAGAUAUUAGACUGCAUGCUUUAAUUAAAUCAUGACUGAAGAGUUAUUAUGAGAACGCGCUAUAAGCAACACGUACUGUUUUGAUGAUGCUCGUACAUGGAAAUCUGUAUGUGUUAAAUGUCGAAGGGCCAUGUCCCUGGAUAGUGUCUGUUAUAUACUGUCUGUUUGUUAUGAAUGUUAUUGCAAUUAUGUAAUAGACCUUUCAAGUAAUUAGCCCAUGAAAAACAAACUUGAAAUCCAUUCCAUUUAAGGUGGUUCUAUAAGCUGAAAACAGUGUUAAUCGUGACGUAAUCACCGGUAAAGUCUAUUAAGGGAUCACCGUAAUUGCAGGGGUAACUGUGUCGUAUUCCCUAUAUGUUGUAUUAAAUCAUUAUUAUUACUUUAGGAGUUGCGUUACAUGUUGUUUAUUACUAUACUUUAGGAGUUGCGUUACAUGUUGUAUUAAAUCAUUAUUAUCACUUUAGGCGAAUGCAUGGAAAAGUAUCCAGACGAAGACAGAUAUAGACAUGCCUCGAAAUACAACAACGAAGAUGACUGCGUGGCUAAUGAUGGGAAAUGGGUAAACUUCUACAACUACUUGGAAAUUACAGAAGAUACGACUGAAGCGGAAUGCGAUGAAAACGAUAACACGAUGUGGGAAAUACCAUAUCGCUCUGAUAAAAUUGAUCAACUCACAGGUAGUAUAUAGCGGACAAAUGUGCAGCUUUAAUUUUUCUUCGAAGAAAGGGAAAUUUCAAGUUCACUUGUUGACCAUUAUUUUUAUGUGUGAUUAUCGCACUCGCCCGCAAGCCAGUUAGACAAUUAGACGUAAUUGUUUAAAUUUAGGGGAUGAUACCAAUGCUUGGAAGAAGUGUCUGGUAAAGUUGGCAAAACCCGACUGUAUUGAAGCGCCUAAAAGUCGUACGAAUCACCUUGGAAACGGAGAAAACGUUGUUCCAUUAAGCUACAAUUGGGUUCUACCACAUUUCCCAUCUGGACAAGAACAGCGCUGUGUACUGCGUAUAAG